AUGAUCAGUAACCCUUUACAUCAUGACUUCUGGGGGUCAAUGACACCUUGCUGGAGUUUCGGUUCUAGCAACCAUUCUCAUACAAUAAAAGCACACCACAUGUAUUCUAAUACACCAAAUAAUUGA